UUGUACUGGAGAAGGAUUCCGAAUGGGUCGCAGUCGCAGCCGCUCCCCACGGAGGGAGCGUAGGCGGUCCCGGUCCACAUCUCGGGAAAGAGAACGCAGGCGCCGAGAAAGGUCCCGGUCCCGGGAGCGAGAUCGGAGAAGAAGCCGUUCUCGCUCCCCACACAGAAGGCGUUCCAGGUCCCCAAGACGACAUAGAUCCACAUCUCCUUCCCCUUCUCGACUGAAAGAAAGAAGAGAUGAGGAGAAGAAAGAAACAAAAGAAACAAAGAGCAAAGAACGCCAGAUAACUGAGGAAGACUUAGAGGGCAAAACAGAGGAAGAAAUAGAAAUGAUGAAGUUAAUGGGAUUUGCCUCCUUUGACUCCACAAAAGGGAAAAAGGUGGAUGGCUCUGUAAAUGCCUAUGCCAUAAAUGUGUCUCAGAAGAGGAAGUAUAGGCAGUACAUGAAUCGAAAAGGUGGAUUCAACAGACCUUUGGAUUUCAUUGCAUGACCUGAAGUAUUGAAGAAUGAUGUUUUUUCCCUCAUCUUGAUCAGAAAAAUGGAUUUUUGUAUUUAAUAUGCAUCAAAAACAGGAUCAGAGUCCUUCCUCCUUGUAAAGUAAGAAAAUUUUAUUUAUGAUGUAUGUAGUUCACUUACCCAGCCUCAAAAAAGAGUUAAAUAUUACAUUUUUUUCCUUUAGGAAAUAUCGUUUGGGGCAGUCAUCAACCCCAUUUUUUUGUCCUUAUUCCUAUGGAAACUGUAUGUUUUUUUCUUGGAUGCUCUUUAUGACUUUUUAAAAUACAUAAAAGUGAUUUGGAAGUAAGUUUCUCAAAUAAAGCAGUAAUUCCUACCCUUUUGUAUUUGAUAUUUUUAUAACUAGAAAAAAAGA